UAUCUAACAUAACAUAACCUCACCCACGAUCUACACACAUCACUAGGUUGUUUGUAUGGUUUAGGUUAUGUUUUAGGUUAAAUUAUGUUCGGGUUUCAUCAUCUAAAUUAAUAGCUUUGCUAGUCUUGAGUAGAAUGUUUUAGAAUAAAAAACAGUUUCCAAAUUUACUAUUACUAUAGUGUGAACUAAAACAAUUUGCAUACAUUUUGUUUCUAAUGCAAAAUUUGCAUCUACUUUGGUGUAUAUUCAGACAUAGGCUUAAUAAACAGUUAUUUUAGUUUUAACCUCUGACAGUUACAAUUAGUAUUACUAAAUGUACAAAAUGAACACUGUGACGUCUGUUUAUUUAAAUACAAUGCAUUUAUGCAAUUUAAAAUACUUGAACUGGUCUCUGUGUUACAAGUUUAAGAAAGUACAUAAUUUGAGGUUAAUAUCUAAAAGUGUAUUUCAGAAAAUUACAGUGUUUUCUCCCAAUAGUCAGUAUGUAAUGUGUAACUAUUCUACGUCUUUGACUCCUUCACCUAAUAAUCUUUUGUCACGUGUAAAACGAGUAUUACAAUCCAAAAAUAUGGAAAUUAAAGAUGGUUAUACAUGUUUUACUACAACCUGUAUAUUCUGCAAUAAUAAAAGUAAUGGUGAUUUAUUCAUCAAUAAGAUUACAGGGCAUUUUUUGUGUAAGAAAUGUAAAGCAAGUGGAUCGUGGGACACUUUAGAAAAAGUGUUAGAUAAGGGAGGGCCACAUCUACCGUCAGAAGAAAUCGUAGAAACUCCAGCAAAAUGGACAUCAAUCUGUGAGAAGUGCAAAACACUGCAGUCUCUAUCGGAAGAUAAGGUUCAAAAUGUUAUGAUAAAGUUUCGUCUGAAGGUAGGAAGAUUAUCAAAACAGCCUUAUUGAACUGGGACCAUUGAUAAACAACAGUGGGACCCAUUUGUAUGUCCCUGUAAAACACGGGGAACAAAUCGUCGGAGUUAAGGAGAUGACACCUGAUGGACAGGAGACUACAGUUCCUAAUAUCGGAUGCAAGGGACUUCUCAUACUCAGUUCUGCCAAGAAGAGGUCCUCACGGAAGAGAGAGGCAGUUGUUGUUCACAGUAUACGAGACAUGUUGGCCUUAGCCUCGUUAAAACUUCCAUGUGAUGUUAUAAGUUUACCUCACGGUGCUGCUUGCCUUCCACUGGAAGUGCUCCCGAUGCUGGAGGAUUACACUAAAAUUGUUUUAUGGUUCGACAACGAGGAGGGCCAUUGGGAAUCAGCUCGGCAGUUUGCAAAAAAGCUUAAUGAAGAUAGGUGUUAUUUUGUAAGGCCAACUAACAACCAUCCGGCCCCAUAUAAGGCUGAUCUGGAAGGCAAGAGUUUGACUUCUAUUCUGCAGUCAGCCACACCCAUUGUGCAUAAAUCUAUCAUUCACUUUACCAACCUAAGGGAGGACAUCUUGUCUCACCUCCAGAACACUGAAAGAGCUGCUGGAGUCAAGUGGGUUCGAUUUCCUGGCCUCAACAACAUCCUCAAAGGACAUCGUAGAGGUGAAAUGACGAUCUUGACAGGUCCAUCUGGUGGCGGCAAAACAACCCUUAUGAGUGAAUACUCUUUGGAUCUUGCAAUGCAAGGGGUGACGACACUAUGGGGUAGCUUCGAAAUAAGGAAUGAACGAUUGGCUCGAACAAUGCUGCAGCAGCUAUGUCGGUUUCCUCUACAUCUCAAGCUUGACCAGUAUAACAAGUGGGCUGACAUAUUCCAGUUAUUGCCUAUAUAUUUUAUGACGUUCCACGGGCAACAACCAUUGAAAACUGUAAUGGAGGCUGUGGAGCAUGCAGCGUAUGUCCAUGACAUCCAUCACGUUGUCAUCGACAAUGUCCAGUUCAUGAUGGGGCUGUCAGAAGGCGAUAACAGCCUGGACCGUUUCUACCGGCAAGACUCCAUCAUCGGAGCAUUCAGGAACUUUGCGACUACAGCCAACUGUCAUGUCACUCUGGUCAUUCAUCCACGGAAGGAAAAGGAUGCCGAGAUGUUAAGCAUGAAUUCAGUCUUCGGUGGAGCAAAAGCAACUCAAGAGGCUGACAAUGUGUUAAUUAUUCAACAAAAAACAAUGCAGAAUUUGAAAAUACGAAAGUUUCUACAGAUUGCAAAAAACCGAUACAGUGGUGAUCUGGGAAUCAUGCCUCUUGACUUUGAUAAAGAAAGUUUGAGCUUUUCUAAAAAAUAUCAGAAGAGCAACAGUAUUGUUGAAGAACUUGUUGUCCGAAGUGCUAGAUGACAAGAAGAAUAGUUCUGCUGCAAAUGACAUUGUUGUUAUAUCAAAUUGUACAUAUUGUAUAAUUUACUAUUGUUUAUAGUAAAAGACUUAAAAAGC